UAUACACUGAAAGAUCUGCAUAGCAUGGUUCAGAGAUCGCCAUAAAGCACACAGUCGUAUCGCACGCUCCAUUAGAACCUCCAAGAUGUCUGCUGAUUACCUAAGCCCGUUCACCCACACCAAAACUGGCGAUCUUGGUGUACAGAGGGAGACAAUGUUGGGAAAUGAACUUCUGCUGAACCCGGAGCUUGGACGCCCAAGAAGGCGGGGUUAUAACUUCCCGGGUGAUUCCUCCACGUUUGGACGUCCAAAUAUUGUCUGUGAUGGUGGAGCACCAGAAGCACUCCGAGGCUGGGCCGGAAAGAAUCCAUCGAAUCUUCCAUUCCACAGCAACGAGAAGUCAGCCGAGCGAGACUUUAUGGCCCUAAACGUGGCCGCUGUACAGAGGGGAUUGAUAACAGCCCCGGAGCAUUACAUGUUCAGAGCCACGCACGACAUCCGGAAAAAAGUGUCGGACAACGACAACAAGAAGUACAAAACCAGGCGCCUUCCGCCUUCCAUGGUGUUCGGUAUUGCUACAAGGCCGUCCACUCCCAUAUUUGAACUACUGGAGCACAAAUACCAGGAUAAGUGGCUGCAACAACAACGUGCGCAAGAGCUGAACAAACGCCAUCAGGAAAUGCAAAAUAAGAAAACCACUGGAACAGUAUAUGAGACGAGAGCGUCAUUACUCAGGACUUUCCAGAACCCAGUAGAACCCAGUGCUCCCUGGCAACUGCCCCGAUUCUCACAGACGGCACAGCCUCACUUGUCAACAUUCAGGUCGGAAAGUGCCCGGAAGAAAGCCUACGACAGCUUUGGUGGGGACAAAAUUUCCCGGAGAGGUCAACUCGGACAUGGAGCUUACGCAUCAGCGACGAAAUAAAAUCGAACCAAGCAAUCUACCAUUAAACGUAAUACAAAACUAAAUUGUUAGUUAUUGUGAAAUAUAUGUUUUCCUAUCGUUGUAAAUAAUGUGUAAUUUAACGUUAGAAAAGAUAUGCCCUGUGCCUGUGAUAGAAUAUUUGUACGUUGAACUUUGUACAUAUGUACCUGCUUGUAUUAUGUGUAUAUCUUUGUUUUGUUUGUUAGCAUACAUGUACGUCUGUGGGGGAGUGGAUUUGUAAUGAUUUGUCAUGAGUAAAUAUUAUUUAUGUUGGUAUACAUCCCGCUGGGUAUGUGGUGUAACGCCUUUGAAAAAUGUGCAUUUUUUUUUGUUCUUCUUACUCACAACGUCCCAGAAUCAUUAAAUCUUCAAACUGGUUGAUUUUGGAAAGUUUCGAAAUGAGUGGGGAAUGGAAUUUGGAGGGAGAGGGUGUAGAGGAGAAGGGACCGGUAUUUUUCUACUUUUUAUUUAUUAUUUCUUUUUUUUAUUUCGUUUUUGGUAUUCGUCCCGGUUAUCGGUUAUGUAAUUACAGUUGCCGUCCGUUAUGAUAAGUGUCUGCUGGCAUAAGCUGAUAUUAUAUCGCCAUCACAAAGGUUGUUUCCCAUUGGCACCGCAUUUGUUUAGUGGACAGUUCUUGUGAGCACGAAGUCAAACUCCAUCUCAACACUGGCUACGUGUGGCAGUCAAUGGGCAACUUGUCAUUUCUUAUCAGCUCCAGUUAAUAACGCGAGGCGAAUGAUAAACCUUUUGAUGAUUCCCAUUUUGAAAACUCCCUUUUUCGCAAAAAAUCAAAUUUGCACUUGCCCUUACCCCUUUUCCGUUUCGCUAUUGGAGCCGUAGUCAAAGCCCUUUGGUUUAGCCUGGUGUUAUUUUACACAGACUAAACCAGAUCUCUUACAUUUCCCUUUUUGUAAUCGCAUUAAUCAAGUCUUUUGUUAUCAUCUUCAUCAUGUACAGGAAGGGUUCUUGAUAGAUUUCCAGCAAACCACCGAGUUUUACGAGUGGUAUUGGUUAUUCCUGCUAUACAUGAUAAUGUUAUAAAAGGGAAGUCUUCUGUCCAGGGAUGUUUUCGUAAAAGGUUUAAGUCCUGUUUUUGUAGCGUUCGAAAGUAUAUAGAGUGUAACAAAAGCAUAAUGUUAGCUAUUGUGAAUAGGAUUUUUUUUUCUUUGCUUUUGUAGAGUGCAAAAAAAUAUGUAUCAAGUCUAUGAAAAUAAGGUAUUUUAUAUAACUAUUUUGUACUUGAGGGACGAAAGUACAUGUAUUAAUAAAACUUGCCG